UUCAGUAUCAGUAGUACAAGCAAAGUAAUUUAUAGCUGCACAAGUACAAUGACGAAGUUUUAUUUAAGUUUAAUUACUGCUCUAUGUUUACUAAGGGAUCUAACAAAAGCAAGUUCGUGUAACGUAGCGCAAAUAUGUGUGACCGAUCUUACAGAUGCAGAUUGUGCUAGAGACAAUAUGGUUCUAGUGCAAAAUUCUAACAUACAUGGAUGUUGUCCUAGGUGCGAGUUACCAACUGGUACUCCAGACACAGGGUGCACUGCUCCAGCUAAUUGUCUUUCUGAUGGCCGAUACGCACCAGUUCAAUGUAAAGGCGAUUUAUUCACCGGAAGGUGUUUCUGUAGCGAUGAAAAUGGAAAAAGAUUAUUUGGCCAAAUGUGGAGAGAUGAAGCAAGUGAAAUGACAUGUGCAUGCAGCAGAAGGAGAGCCGAAUUAGAAGCUACUGAAAGUAGAAGUGUAACACUUCACUGCACCCCAAAUGGAGACUACGAACCACUGCAGUGUGACAACGGGAUAUGCUGGUGCGCUGUACCCAAAACUGGCCAACCCACUGUCACGCCUGUACCCGAAAAGGAUAUGACACGAUUACCUUGUUACAGUACAGGAGCAAUCGGCGAGAGUUAUCUAAGAAGAUGUGAGAGCGUAGUGCAGAGUCUAAAAAUCAUUCACCACGAACUGUUGGAACACGGGAGUAAUUUUAUUGGUGAACAAAUCACAUUCUGCGACUACGACGGUAGUUACGGAUCUUAUCAAGUGGAUAGCGGAACUGCUUAUUGUACCGGUCGUGAUGGAACUAUUUUGGGUUUAUGGCAUGCGGAAACAACUAUAAUGGCUGGAAUGAAUUGCAACUGCGCUCGCGAUUCAAUGAUAUACUUCCCAGCAAGUGGAAAGACGGUCACGGCGGAGUGUCGGCAGGAUGGAAACUACCGGCCUAAUCAAAGAGCUGGUGAUAAGUAUUAUUGUGUGGACACCGACGGUUACAUGACCAAGGAAGGAUUAAUGGACGCAUGGCCAGCUGAUUAUUGCUUAAGCUAUCAGUAAUAUCCUACGUCAUAAACAUCUGUCAUCACUACGAUCUAAUAAGUCCAUUUAUCACUGCUAAAAUAUAUUUUAUAUCGCGACAUAUAAAAUAAAUAUUAUACACUACGCUUUCUUAUUGAUUAUUCUCGUUGUACAUAUAA